GCUCACUACUCUCUCUCUCUCUCUCUCUCUCUCUAAGAGUCUUUCCCUCUAUCGCUCUAGAAACCUUCUCCUUCACUAGCCGCCACCAUGGCAUGGCUGAGCCACCUGCGAGGAGCUGCAUCGUUUAUGAAGCCAAGUCGCAUCGGGCUCCUCGCUAAGAGCCGCGGCUACGGAUCGGCAGCUGCUGUCGAGCUCGACUACGACUCCGAGGAUGAAUACUCAUACUACGAGGAGGAGCAGCUGAAUCGGGUUCGGGUACAGCCGGAGCCGAUGCUAGGUGUGGCGGCGUCGGCGCCGGGAAGAGGAGUGCAGUGGGUGCUCAUAGGGGAGCCUGGUGUGAGGCGACACGUAUACGCCGAGGGUUUGUCGAAGAUUCUAGAAGUUCCUCACAUUUCCAUGGGUUCUCUUCUUCGUCAAGAGCUGAACCCUCGCUCUUCUCUCUACAAACAGAUUUCAAAUGCAGUAAAUGAAGGAAAACUUGUUCGUGAGGAGGUGAUUUUUGCAUUGUUAUCAAAGAGAUUGGAGGAAGGUUAUUGCAAAGGUGAAACUGGGUUCAUUCUUGAUGGGAUUCCUCGAACUCGAAUCCAGGCUGAAAUUCUUGACCAAAUUGUUGAUGUCGAUCUAGUUGUCAAUUUCAAAUGCACUAAUAAUCAUUUGGGCAGAAAAGAUCUAGGAAGUGAAACUACUGCUUGUCAAGAGCUUCUUACAGUAGGCAACUCUGGGUUCCCUGCUACUGUUGCAAACAGUGCCUGUAAGGAGAAACUUCGUAUCUAUGCAGAGCAGGGGAAGCCAUUGGAAGAUUACUACAGGAAACAGAAAAAACUUCUUGACUUUCAGGUGGGAGUGGCGCCUGGAGAAACCUGGCAAGGGUUGUUGGCUGCAUUGCAUCUCCAGCACAUGAAUGCAGCUGGUGAUUUACAGAAGCUCACAGCAUGAUUUAAUUUUCUUGUUAUUUUAGUGAUGUCUUGAUAUGUUCAAAUUUUGGGACAGUAGUAACUAGUAAAUAUGUAUAAGUUGGUGAGUGAGUGUUAGAGCAAGUUGGUGUUUGCAAUGCAAACAUCCAAGAUUGCUUGGAAAAUUUUGUUUCUUUACAUUUUUACUUGAGCAAGUUUUAUGCAGUUUUGAGGAUGUAAUGUAAUUUUUUCGAGAGACUAAAAGUAGAGAAUACUAAAACUUCGGCCCUCAUGGCUUGUAGUUAGCAUAUCGUAAGCUAUAUAUUCUGUCUGUUGCUCCA